AAGUAAAGGUUGCAUGCCAGUGUCAAACACAUUUAGGCCGAUUAUUUGUAGACAAAGUAUAUCCCCUAACAAUACAACAACUCUUUGCCAUUCUCUUUUCACCGACACCGUGGUAUCAACAUUUGGAAGAAAUUGUCAGCAAAACAAGUUACGUGGCGACCUCGUGGAUAACAGAAAAUCCAACCGUUACCACACGAACAGUAACUUACAAUAUGGCAUUAAAUAAUACGUUAGGUCCAAAGAGUACAUCGGUUACUGAAAAACAGACAUGUUAUGCGUUUCGUUGUGCCGAUGAUGGAUUCAGCGUGAUGAAAGAGAUUCACAAUGCAGGCGUGCCGUGCGCUGAUAAUUUCAUCAUUCAAUGUACUUAUUGUGUAAUUCGAACAGAUCACACACAUUCCAGAUUACUUGUACACGGUGCAAUGGUGCAAAAGAAAAGUAUUUGGGGUAUUGUUAAAGGAAAGGAAUAG